AUGAAAUACAAAAUCCUUGAUAAUGUCGUUUCAAAGACCAUCACAGUCGAUAGAUCAGGCCAAGGAAAUUUUACAACUGUUCAACAAGCCAUUGAUUCUGUGCCCAGCAAAAACCAAUUAUGGGUUCGCAUUCACGUUAAAGCCGGAGUUUACAAUGAGAAAGUCUUGGUCCCACAAGACAAGCAAUACAUAGUUGUGGAAGGUGAAGGUAAAGACACAACGACGAUCACUUUGGAAGCUGGGGGUGACAGUGGUAUGCAAAAUACAACAUUCACCGUGUUAGCAGAUAAUUUUGUGGCACGUGAUAUUACAUUCCAGAUCUUUGUAGCUUCGUCUUGUGGUUCAAGUAUUCUUUUCAACCAUAUAGCUUGGCUUGUAGUCAUUGUUGCGGCAAUAUACUCUGCUUUAGCUGAUGACUGCGCAAUUGUCUGUUUCUUUGAUGCCCAGGAAAAUAUACCUGAUCCAAUUGUGAAGGCAUAUCCUGUCGUGCUUUUCAUAUUGUUUAGUGAUCCUGCCCAGUCACUGUCUGUGUAG